AUGGCUGGGGACGGCAACUUUACAUAUCGCGACGGAAUUGCCGUGGCACAAAUAGUCAGCUUCUCAGUACCUCUACUAUAUGCCCUAUAUUUCCGAUGGAUGCGCCAAAUAGGCUGGUUCUGCAUCGGUGUUUUCACUCUCCUCCGAAUCAUCGGCGCCAGCUGCAAACUCGCAACCAUCAGCAACGACCUACAAGGGCUCUGGGCGACAAUUUUCGUCUGCGAGUCUCUCGGAAUGAUCCUGAUAAUAUUCCUCCUGCUUGAACUUCUCGAAAGAAUAAACAAAGUCAUCAACGUCGCCGGAAAAUGGAUCUUCUGGGCUCCCUCAUUAAUCACCUGGAUCGACAUCGGCAUUUCAAUUGGAGGAUGGGUCUCCAUCAUGGAUGUUGAAAAUCCCUUGCUCCCAACAAAAUGGAGCCAAGCCAGUAUGGGCUUGCUAGCGCUUAUCUACGCGUAUCUGAUUGGCGUCUUUGUUCUAUUCUGGCUUCGUCGGCAUGAGUACUUUGAAGAGGAAAGGUGGGCGUUGAACGCAGUCGCUGUCUGCCUUCCACUACUGGCCAUUCGGGUCAUAUACUCUCUAAUUUUCAUCGGGUCAAGUGAUAUGACGUUCAAUGCGAUCAAGGGAAAUCCGACUGCCUACCUGAUUAUGACGAUGUUGCCCGAAGUGGCGAUAAUUUGUGUCUGCACAUAUGUUAUUGCGACUAGGAUAUCGCGUUUGGAAGGUGAUAUACGUCCAGCGUCACGGAAAUCGGCGGACGAAGAGUUUCGGCAGGGGCUUUCUAAUCGAUGA